AUGGGUGCUGACGGCGAAAAGGAUAUGGGUGUGACCACCACCCAUGAUAGCUCGCCAUCCAUGGGGAGGCUGGAUGGCAUGAACAUGGAGGAGCGAGAAGUGGCAGAGGCAGCAGCUCGCUAUGGCUAUGGACCUCUAGCCAACGGCAACAGCAACUUAUCUGCGUUCGGCAAAGGAUUCAAGCCAUCGUCGGAACCAGUAGCUCCUCGCCAGACCAUCGCAAACCCAGCUCCGUUGGGAUUGUCCGCUUUCGCCCUUACCACUAUGGUCCUCAGUCUUAUCAACAUGCAGGCUCGCGGAAUCACAGCGCCACACUUUGUCGUCGCUUCGGCGUUUGCAUAUGGUGGAUUGGUUCAGCUUCUUGCUGGGAUGUGGGAAAUGGCAGUUGGAAAUACCUUCGGAGCGACUGCUCUCUCCUCGUACGGUGGAUUCUGGAUCUCUUAUGCCAUCAUAUUCACCCCCGGCGGAUUCAACAUCGCUUCAAACAUCGAGAAGCUCAACGGAACAGCUGCUCUGAACAACGUAACCGGUUUCUGGCUCAUGUCCUGGUGGAUCUUCACAACGCUCUGCCUCAUCUGCACGCUCAAGACGAACCUCGCCUUCUUCCUCCUCUUCCUCAACUUGGAUCUCGCGUUCCUCUUUUUGGGAGUCGGUCACCUUGUGAUAUCCGGCAAAGUAUACACGCCGCUCAUCAAGACAGGUGGAUUCUUUGGAAUAUUGGCUGCAUUGCUCGCCUGGUACUGUGCUCUAGCUGGAAUGGCAGACCCAAAGAACACCUUUGUGAAAUUCCCCCUCGGCCAGCUACCGUGGGUAAAGAGCGAGCGAGUGAAGACCGAACGGGAGGUGGUUUAA